CUGCUGUGCUCCUGUGGAUCAGGAUCUGAGCUCAUUCCUUAUGGAACAGAGGUCCCGCCCUUCAUUACCCCACUUCUCCAGCCCCAGGUCGAAAGACACCUCGGUCACAGAAAACACUCCUUUGCUGAGGAAUUCCUCGCAAGAGAAAGGGUCCCGGUAUAUGCCCACUUACCACCCCGACUUCAUCACUGCCGAUGAGUCUUGGGAGAACAGCUUAGCUGAGUGGGCGGGUUCAUCUAGCUCUGCUUCUCACGAGAAGGGGGACCUUCUGGACAGUGCGCCCAGCAGAUUCCGUCUUUCCAAGAUGAGGCGCUGUGCACGGUGGCUGAAAGUCAUCAGCCUGUUUGUCUUUGUGGUGGCCUGUUCGACAUUACUUAGCCUGUAUCCAGAUCAAGAAAAGUUCUGGCAGUUAUUGGCGGUAUCACCGGUGGAAAGCUACUCUGUGAACCUCAGCAGCCAUGUGGACGCCACGCUGCUCCAGGUGAGCCUGGAUGGGGCCCUGGUGGCCGGCGGCCCAAGUGGGCCUGGGAGAGAGGAGCACGUGGUGGUGGAGGUGACCCAGGCCGAGGCUCCGGGCUCCCGGCGACGGAGGCCGCAGCAGGUCAGUUACAACUGGACGGUGUUUUUAAACCCGAGAAGUGAGCGUGCAGUGGUGACCAGGAGCUUCGCAGUCCUGAGCAGAGAGGCCGUGUCCAUCAGGGUCCGCGCCGCCUUCCAGCAGACCCCAGUCGUGCCUCUGUUGCUGGCUCAUCAGUACCUCCGAGCAAGUGUCGAAGCACAGGUGACCAUUGCUGCCGUCAUCCUUGCUGGGGUCUAUGCACUGAUCAUAUUUGAGAUUGUUCACAGGACGUUGGCAGCCAUGUUGGGGUCCCUUGCAGCAUUAGCGGCACUGGCUAUGAUUGGCGAUAGACCAAGCCUGAUCCAUGUGGUGGAGUGGAUUGAUUUCGAGACCCUGGCCCUGCUGUUUGGCAUGAUGAUCUUAGUGGCCAUAUUUUCAGAAACAGGAUUUUUUGAGUAUUGUGCUGUAAAGGCCUACCGCCUGUCCCGCGGGAGAGUGUGGGCCAUGAUUACCAUGCUGUGUCUCUUCGCCGCUGUCCUCUCCGCCUUCCUGGACAACGUCACCACCUCGCUCCUCUUCACUCCUGUUACCAUCAGAUUAUGUGAGGUGCUUAACCUUGAUCCAAGACAAGUCCUGAUUGCAGAAGUGAUCUUCACAAACAUUGGAGGUGCAGCCACCGCCAUCGGGGACCCACCCAAUGUUAUCAUCGUGUCCAACCAGGAGCUGAGGAAGAUGGGCCUGGACUUCGCGGGAUUCACAGCACACAUGUUCGUGGGGAUUUGCUUUGUUCUCCUGUUCUCCUUUCCGCUCCUCAGACUCCUUUACUGGAACAAAAAGCUUUACAACAAGGAACCCAGUGAGAUUGUUGAACUGAAGCACGAAAUCUAUGUCUGGCGCUUGACAGCUCAACGCAUCAGCCCGGCCAGUCGUGAGGAGACGGCGGUGCGGAGCCUGCUCCUGGGGAAAGUGCUGGCACUGGAGCGGCUGCUGGCCCGCCGGCUGCUCACCUUCCACAGACAAAUCUCUCAGGAAGAUAAAAAUUGGGAGACCAAUAUCCAGGAGCUACAGAAAAAGCACAGGAUAUCAGACAAGGUUCUGCUCGCCAAAUGCCUGACAGUCUUGGGAUUUGUUAUCUUCAUGUUCUUUCUCAAUUCGUUUUUCCCUGGAGUUCAUCUUGAUCUUGGGUGGAUUGCUAUUCUGGGUGCCAUCUGGUUGCUGAUUUUAGCUGAUAUUCAUGAUUUUGAGAUAAUUCUACAUAGAGUGGAGUGGGCAACACUCCUGUUCUUUGCCGCGCUUUUUGUUCUGAUGGAGGCACUGGCACAUCUUCACUUAAUAGAAUAUGUUGGAGAACAGACUGCUUUGCUAAUAAAGAUGGUCCCCGAGGACCGGCGCCUCGCAGCCGCCAUCGCCCUCAUCGUCUGGGUCUCAGCCAUUGCUUCGUCCCUGAUCGACAACAUCCCAUUCACGGCGACCAUGAUCCCUGUGCUCCUGAACCUGAGCCGGGACCCUGAGGUCAGCCUGCCUGCACCCCCGCUCAUGUAUGCCCUGGCCCUGGGUGCCUGCCUGGGAGGUAAUGGGACGCUGAUUGGAGCUUCUGCAAAUGUGGUUUGUGCAGGAAUUGCUGAACAGCAUGGAUAUGGGUUUUCUUUCAUGGAUUUCUUCAGGUGGGGCUUCCCAGUGAUGAUCGUGUCCUGCAUGGUUGGCACCUGCUACCUGCUUGUCGCCCAUGUCGUGAUGGGAUGGAACUGACAGACGUGCGUUGUUGGAACACCAAGGGUAACUUGAUUCAUCACCAUCAUCAGUAGAUCUCUGCCCAAGAUCACUCUUGGUAAAAGCAAAGGUGCUCAGCACGGGGAGCUCUGGAGUGGACCUUUGACACACCUGUAUUCAGGUGAAUGCUGGCAAACCAUGGGAAAUGGAAGGUAAACUUACCAAGACCCCCUUCAGGAGGACAGGUGUAUUUCAAAACUCGUCUCGCUGUGCUUAUAGGAAAAGAUACAAGUGUACAUCCACUUGGAGUGGCUGUGCUGUUUAUCUGUCAUAUCUCCUGAGGUUGUUUGCAUCCGGUUUUUCUUAAUGGGAUCAUCUUUCAUGUGAAACUAAUCAGCAUUCAAAUUGUAUACCAUCUGAAUAGAUACUUUUCCUGGGAAAAGGUCUGCAGUUUGUAAGGAAACACUGUAUGU